UCGUGUCGUCGUGGGGGUUGUUGGUGGCAUUGUGGGGGAUUUGUUGUCGUGGAGGUUUGGAAUAUCUAGGUAUUUAUCUACAGUACGCGUCAGGUCGUGGGGUUUGCCUCAUUGCUCAGGUACAUACCUAUCAAAGCACCUAUCUGCCUAACCUAAAUACUAGCUAGACAUGUAUGUGCCACUGUGUCGGUAUAGUAUUUGGAUUGUCAGUGGGAUGUCAUGGGCUUUACUGUAGUAUGUUCUACGAUGAUCAAUGCUUGUCAAACUUGGGGGUGGUGGCGGCAAUAAGAGUAGCGUCACGGUCGUUACCUACCUACCUAGUGUCAAGGGUCUAUCCGUGGGCUAGCAACGGCAGAGAAGGGUAUAUGUGUAUAUCCAUCUCCAUAAUCACCGGGGAGAUGUCAGAGAUUCCCGCGUAAGACCGAUAUUGUUCUACGUCUUCUAGAAUUCGCCUCCUGACAGUCUGGGUAGGUAGUGC